UUCAAAAUAAAUACACUUUUAUGCAAUAAUCAAAUCUCAAUCAUAUUCAUAUUUGGUCUUAAAAAGUACUUGAGCUAAAUCUUAUAAAGAGCUCCAUACAAAAGAAAAUUGAUUUUCUUUUUCCUUCUACUUAUAUACUGAUGCAGGAAAUAAAAUGUGGAGGUUGAAGAUUGCAGAAGGUGGCGACGGCUCCGGCGGCGGAGGAUGGCUGACGACCACGAACAAUCAUGUAGGGAGGCAACAUUGGGAAUUUGACCGGGAGGCUGGUACGGCGGAGGAACGAGCCCAAGUCGAAAGAAUUCGGCGGGAUUUCAAGAAAAAACGGUUCCGGUUCAAACAAAGUGCUGACCUAUUGAUGCGCAUGCAGCUAAGAAAAGAGAAUCCAUGCGGUCCAAUUCCAGCAGCAAUAAAAGUGAAAGAAACAGAGGAAAUAACAGAGGAAGCAACCACAACUACACUUCGACGGGCAAUUAGUUACUACUCAACAAUUCAAGCCCACGAUGGACACUGGCCUGCUGAAUCUGCCGGCGCUUUGUUCUUUCUCCCUCCCUUGGUGCUGGCAUUGUAUAUCACCGGAGCAAUAAAUGCUGUUCUAUCACCAGAACAUCAGAAGGAGAUCAUAAGAUACAUAUACAAUCACCAGAAUGAAGAUGGAGGUUGGGGAAUGCAUAUUGAAGGCCACAGCACAAUUUUUGGUUCUGUUCUCAGUUAUAUUACACUGAGGUUAUUGGGGGAAGGCCUCGAAGAUGGCGAUGACGUGGCAGUUGCCGGAGGCCGAAAAUGGAUACUCGAUCAUGGUGGUGCCGUUGGCAUACCGUCAUGGGGGAAAUUUUGGCUCACGGUGUUGGGAGUUUACGAAUGGGAUGGCUGCAAUCCUAUUCCCCCGGAGUUUUGGCUGCUCCCGAACUUCUCCCCAAUUCAUCCAGGUAAAAUGAUGUGCUAUGCUCGUUUGGUAUAUAUGCCAAUGUCGUAUUUGUAUGGGAAGAGGUUCGUUGGACCUAUCACAGGAUUGAUCCAGUCCUUAAGACGGGAGAUUUAUACCGAGCCCUAUCACGAUAUAAAUUGGAACAGAGCAAGAAACACAUGCGCAAAGGAAGACCUUUAUUAUCCUCAUCCUUUCAUGCAAGAUAUGUUGUGGGGAUUCCUUCAUAAUUUCGCUGAGCCGAUCCUAAAAAGAUGGCCGUUUUCUAAAUUAAGGGGAAAGGCUUUAGGAAUUGCCAUCGAACACGUUCAUUAUGAGGACAUGAAUAGCAGAUACCUAUGCAUUGGAUGUACGGAGAAGGUUUUGUGUCUACUUGCUUGUUGGGUUGACGAUCCUAAUUCCGAAGCUUACAAACGCCAUCUUGCUCGUAUACCGGAUUACUUUUGGGUAGCUGAAGAUGGCAUGAAAAUGCAGACUUUCGGUUCUCAAACGUGGGAUGCUGCUUUUGCCGUUCAAGCAAUUUUAUCAGCGAAUAUUUCCGAAGACUACGGGCCGACCUUGAAGAAAGCACACAGCUUUGUAAAAGCCUCACAGGUUCGCGAAAACCCACCUGGAGAUUAUCGUAAAAUGUACCGCCACACAUCUAAAGGUGCUUGGACAUUUUCAACGCGAGAUCAUGGUUGGCAAGUCUCUGACUGUACAUCUGAAGGAAUGAAAGCUGCACUUCUACUGUCGCAAAUGCCACAAGAACUCGUUGGAGAUAAAAUCGAAACAGAGCGCUUAUAUGAUGCUGUAAAUGUCGUCUUGUCCCUACAGAGUGACGGCGGUGGAUUUCCUGCAUGGGAGCCCAAACGAGCAUAUCGUUGGUUAGAGAAGUUGAACCCUACGGAACUCUUCGAAGAUACCCUCAUUGAGCGAGACUAUGUGGAAUGCACUUCAUCGGCAAUCCAAGGCCUACAACUUUUCAAGAAGUUGCAUCCAGGGCAUCGACAAAAAGAAAUAGAAACCUGCAUUGCAAGGGCAAAACAGUACAUAGAGAACACUCAAGAAUCUGAUGGUUCUUGGUCUGGUUCUUGGGGUAUAUGUUAUACGUACGGAACAUGGUUUGCAGUGGAGGGCUUAGUAGCAUGUGGCGUAAAUUACCGUAGUUCUCCCUCGUUGCAAAAAGCUUGUAAGUUUUUGUUGUCAAAACAAUUGCAUGAUGGUGGAUGGGGUGAGAGUUAUCUUUCGAGCUCCAACAAGGUAUACACUAAUCUUGACGGUAAUAGAUCGAAUUUGGUGCAGACUUCGUGGGCGCUCUUAUCGCUCAUUAACGCUGGACAGGGGAACAUUGAUCCAUUGCCCAUACACCGUGGAAUAAGACUGCUGAUAAAUUCACAGAUGGAAGAUGGUGACUUUCCUCAACAGGAAAUCACAGGAGUAUUCAUGAAGAGCUGUACCCUCAAUUAUUCAUCCUAUCGGAAUAUCUUCCCAAUGUGGGCUCUUGGUGAAUAUCGUCGACGUCUUCUUCAAGCUCAGUCGAUAUGAUCUACUAGUUAAAAAGAUCGAUAUCAACGAUAUUAUUAUUAUUGCUGUAAUAAUUAUUAUUAUUAUUAUUAUUUUGUUCAAUUGGGUUGAAUGUAAAAUAAUUGUUGGUUUUUUAUUCGAUAUGGCAAACUUAAUGGUGCCACAAUAAGUUAGUGAAGUUGUGAUAUUUAUUUAUCCCUUUUUAAAUUGUUUCAAUGAUAUAUGACGUAUUUUAUUAUACUUC